AUGCCACCUUCUAAAAGAAAUCAAAACCCCAUUGAAAAACCUGAAGUUUUUGAUCCACAAGUUUCAGCUGCUGCAAAUUAUUUAAAUACAUCAACAGAAGAUCCAAAUAUUACAUAUCAACAACAACAACAACAAUCACACCAAUCUUCAUUACCUCAUCCAACAACUCAGCAACAAUUACGUCAAAUGAAUCAACAAAAUCAUCAUCAUCAACAACAACAACAACAACAACAACAACAACAGCAACAACAACAUCCUUAUUAUUCUGCUGAAUUACAACAUAGAGCUGAGUUACAAAGAAGACAACAACAAUUACAACAACAAGAAUUACAACAGCAUCAACAAUUACAACAAUUACAACAACAAGAAUUACAACAACAUCAACAAUAUCAAGCUCAAGUUCAAGCUCAAGCCCAAGCACACGCACAAGCUCAAGCACAAGCACAGGCGCAAGCUCAAGCUGAAGCAAAUGCAAGAGCUCAAGUGCAAGCACAAGUUCAAGCACAAGCUCAAGCCCACGCACAAGCUCAAAUUCAACAAUAUCAACAACAACAAGAAGCUCAACGUCAAUUACAACAACAACCAAUAGCAUCAACAUCAUCAGAUCAACCAUCAUCGCCAGGAGGAUUUUCAGAUUCAGAAAUUAUAGCAGGAGAAGAUUUAAGAUCAAGAUUUGUUGAAAAUGAAAUUAUUAAAACUUUUAGUAAUAAACCAGAUUUAGUUAAAUAUGUUAAAAAUAUUUUAGGACCAGAAGAACAUUGUAGAAUAGUUAUAAAUAGUUCUAAACCAAAAGCUGUUUAUUUUCAAUGUGAAAGAUCUGGAUCAUUUAGAACUACAGUGAAAGAUCCUGAAAAAAGACAAAGAAUUGCAUAUACUAAAAGAAAUAAAUGUAAUUUUAGAUUAGUUGCAAAUUUAUAUCCAACUGAAAAAGAUACUAAAAAAAGAACAAAAGAAGAUCCAGAACCAAAUUCAAAUGAUCCAACUAGUGUUACUUAUGAUACUGAAGGUAAUAUAAUUCAAGAUGAUGGGAUUUUAAAUCAUGAAAUGUGGAUUUUAAGAAUGAUUAACCCUCAUCAUAAUCAUCAAGCUGAUCCAGUAAGUAAAAAAAAAAGAAAUAAGCAAUCAAGAACAUUAGUUCAAAAACCAAUAAAUAAACCUCAACCAAAACAAAAAUCUCAUCAUUCAAAUCAAAAUACUCAACAACCUCCAACAAUUCAUCAUCAAAAUCAUAAUAAUCAAUUUUCAAAUGUUGAUACAAAUUUAUCAAAUAUUCCAUCAACUCCAAAUUAUCAAGAAUUAAUUGGUCAAUUAGGUCAUAAUUUACAACAACAAAAUCCAAUUCAACAACCACCAAAUCAAAAUAAUGAUCCUUCUUUGUAUACAAAUUUAGAUAAUGGAACUAAUGGGAAUGGGAAUGCUACUAAUACACAACAACAACCACAAACUACUUCUUCAAGUAUGGCUGCCGCUGCUGCUGCUGUUGCUGCUUUAAGUUCUCAAACUAGUGUUGAUCAACAUAUUGAUCCAAAUGUUCAAGCUCAUGAUCAUUCUCAAUUACCAAGAGGUGGAUAUAUGUAA